AUGUCAGAAGCAUACAAGAACGUGGAGGCCAUCGCGGCCGAAGCAGCGUUAUAUCGCAAGGAACUGGAUGAAUCGCGGAAAGAGGUCCAUGAGCUCCACAAGGAGGUCGCCAACCUGAAAGAACUAAUCCAGUCGGUGUCAGUGGGGCCACCCACCACGUCGCCUAGUACUCAGGUCAGCAGCCCAGGAAGAAGCUGGGCAUCCAUCGUUUCGCAAUCGUCGUUAGCAUCGUCUAACACCCGGGCGGCGCGCACUGGACUGGGCCUCCCUGCGGUGGUACUGGAUCUACGCUCUGCUAGAGAGGAUACCCAGACUCUAGUGGACGACCUCGCGCAGACACGGAAGAGGAUCUGUACUGCACUUCAGGAUGAUACUACAACUGCGGACGUCGACAUUGUGGGGGUAAAACCUACUUCGCGGUCUACGGUGAAGAUCUUUGUCGACUCGGAGGAAAGCGUCGCGAAUCUUCGCCAGGCAACGCACUGGUUAGACUCCCUACCACGUGCUAAGCUGCAGGGCGAACAAUGGUUCCCCAUCAAAUUGAACGAUGUCAAGAAGGAAAGUGUCUUUGAAGCGUCUGGGGCGCAACGGGAAGAUUUCGCAAGAAGCUUCCAAGACGAGAACGAUGUCUGA